AGCUUGCGGCUGUUGGUGAUUGCGUUAGUAAUCUGACAUGUCAAUGAGGAGGAGAAGGGCUCGAGUUUGUGAUCUUCGCACGGAAGUGUUGAAUGUCGGUGAUUUUAUGAGUAGAUUACCGGAUGAAAUUCUUAUUUCUGUACUGUCUCGCCUGCCGUUGAAGGAGGCUGCUGCCACUGCCAUCUUAUCGAGGCGGUGGAGGAACCUGUGGAAGUCCAUUGCUGGGUUAGACUUUAACGGCGAAACCACAUUGGGUGGAAGAGCGAUAUAUCCAAGAUCCCUGAACACAGAAAGAAAUAAGUACAUUAAUUGGGUGAAUCGAGUUAUUAGGCAGCAUAACGGCCCUGCCCUCGAUGCAUUCAAGAUUAGCUUCGAUCUGGGCAAGGGUUCGAAAUCUGCCAUUGAUAACUGGGUAAAAGUUGCGCUUUCGAAGAAUGUAAAGAGGCUCGAGCUGGAUUUGUUGGGAUAUGAUGCCAGUAUUCGUGAAGCCAUGUGUAACUAUACAUUCCCGUCUAAGCUUUUCACUAGUAGACAGUCCAAUACCGGCUUGAGGUUUCUAACAGUCCUUUCUUUGAGGUGCGUUAAUGUGAGUGAUCAACUGCUGGAGUCUUUCCUUCUACACUGUCCGCUUCUCGAGUUUUUGUCAUUGCAGUGCUCGAGGUGCUUGGUAAAUGUGAAGGUCGUUGGCCCGGCUCUCAAGCUGAAUUCCUUGGAGAUUCUCUUCUGCUUGGGCUUAAAAACUAUAGAGCUCCAAGACACAACUCUUUCUUCGUUCUGUUAUUUGGGUCCUGCGGUUACUUUUAUCUUCAAAAAUGUCCCAAAACUUGAAGAGGUCUCGGUGGGUAUGGGCCGUUCUGGAAUCGAGAACAAUGUCUUUGGACAGCUUGCCUGUUGCUUUAAUCAGCUGGAGCUUCUAACUUUAGUUAUCUAUCGUCCACAGGCAAACGUUAAUUUCUCAAAUAUUCCCGAACUGCCCAAACUCAAGGAGUUAGUGCUGAAAAUUGGAGCAUUUAGUGAUCAAUCUCUUCUUCAGUUCACAUCAUUGCUGCAACACUGUCCUCGUUUGGAACGAUUUGUGCUCCAGUUGAUAUGGCUAUGUCCAUUGAAGACCAGGAGAAGGAUGCUCAAGGGCGAGGCGUUUCUUCUCAAUUCGCUCAAGGUUGUGGAGAUUCGCGGGUAUUUUGGGCGCCCUAGCGACGCUGAAAUCGCGAUGCACUUCAUCGAGAACGCUCCCGCUCUCCAGAAAUUGGUGAUCGAUCCCCGCAAUCAGAUCCUGAAGCACUCUUCUCGGCCAGUGCAAACUGAGGAAUUUGGUAGAAGAUAUGCCCACCAGCAGCUGAUGUUAAGGGUUCCACAAGACAUGUGUGCAAGUGUUGAGUUAGUAGUCCACCAUGGUGGAAAUUUUGUAAGAAGUCCUGAGUUCAAGUAUAUCAAUGGUGAGGUUAAUAGGAUACAAAUUGACCCAGAUCUUAUUUCAUACCCCCAUUUAGCAAAAUAUAUAAAAGAUGGGCAUUUGACAACAAAAUGGAAGAAAUGUGACAUCUACGUACAUCAUGGAAUUGAUGAACCUGAAGUGAUUCAAGAAUUGUUAUUACUUGUACUUGAGAAUGUUUAUGAAGGACAUGUAGCUGAGAAUGUGGAUCAAGGUCAGGAGAUAGAUCAUGUAGUUGAGGUUCUACCUGAAGAUGAUUUUGAAAUUAAUUAUGAAGUUGAAUAUGAUGAGAUGGAUAGUGAACAUGAUGAGGAUGAUGAUAAUGGAUAUGGAUGGGUUACACAAGAUAAUGAGAUUGGAAGAUAG